AUGGCCACGAGGAAAGGUCCCACGCAAUCCACUACACCAGCUUCUCAACCUGCUCGUGAGGUUAACGAAUCAAGUACCUCGGCGUCACAGGCCGCUGAGUUAGACGAGGUUGCGCCUGCCCUAGUUCCACAGUCGAGACGGGUCGUUGGUCUACCACCCGAAAUCGAGCGCACCUUCAACCCAGAGGCUCCACUCCGCAAAGAAAGGAAGAGUAAGGCAUCCAAGGCUUCCCAGAUGGCAAGUCAACAGCAUCCUUCCUCCGGCGGAAGUCGAGACGACGCAGAAGGCACCCCAAAUCCCCCUCUUCCAGCAAUGUCCGCGGCUCAACUCGCGCAACUUCAGCAAUACUUCGAGCAUCAGAUGGAAGCUCGUCUCGAGAGUCAGAGACAAGAGACUCGAAGACUCUUUCAGGAGCAGAUGAACUCGCAGGAUGUCUCAGCUGAGCGCCGUAACCUCACAAACCUUCUGUGGCAGGGCACCGACGAAGCGAAACAAAGUCGCAGACGUUUUCUGAUCUCAAAGGGCUUCACCCCCGCACAGGCAGACCGCGAGAUUCUGGAACCCAUCACCACUAGUGCUCCGACCAUGGUCGUCAACCAACCUAAUCGUCGAGUUGAGUGGAAGGCGAAGGAAAUUGGUCUUUUCGACGGCAAGCCCGAGAAUCUCGAUCAGUGGAUCUGUCGAGUCCAAGGUUUCUAUAACCAAAAGGUAGACCCCGCCUGGAGGGAGCCUCUUGUGGAAGCCCUCCCUAAGUGCAUGACAGGGUACGCAGACUCCUGGCUCAACAUGCAAAGCACUGCUUUCCGAAUGGACAAUCUCUCUACGUUCGAAGGAUGGGUGAAGACUUUACGCACAGCUUUCCGAGGAGACUUUGCUAGAAAGCAGAUGGAGGCCCACAUGCGUGCCUGGCAAUACCGCGACGAACCGUCUUUGGGAUACUUCCUAGACAAGACACGCCGCAUGAGCGCCGUGUACUCCGACAGAGAAAUUGAUUCGUUCCUCACAGACGUUUGGCUCGGACUGCCUGACGACUUCAAGCCUAUGAUUCGCGCUCACAUCACGAAGCCUCUACGAGCUACCACUAUGAUGGAUGAGCUUCAGAUGUUCGAACAUGCGUGGCGUGCUCAGGAUCCAAAGAAUCGAUCUCUCAGGGUCACACCAACGAUGAAUCCAACACAAGAAGUGACGGUCUCAGCUCCGUCCACUAGAAGCGUCGACGUCUCGGUCUCUCCCACCAAGACUCGCGACUCGCCUUCUCUUGUUCAGCGUCAGCGAGAGUCUCUCAAAGCUACUUUCAACCCUGCCAACCUCUUCAAUGAAAACGGCAAACUCAAGUACCGACGCCCUGACGGCGUUGUCAUUACCAGAGACCGACCUUGCUCCACUUGCGGAGGACAACACUUCGACUUUGCGCACGAUCAUGUAGUUGGCGUCAAACAAGAGGUCAAUCUCAUCGACCUUUUCUACGGCGGUUAUCCCAUCGAUCAAUCCUCUUCUGGAGCGCCCUUUGUUGAGGCAGGCUCGCCUGUCACAGUCAGCGACUCGUCCUCCGUCACGACUCGACUAAGUUCUACUUCACCGGAGCGACAGGUCAGCGUCUCCACCAGUGGAAGUUCUGCUGCAACCGCCAUCGACGUCGAGAAGUCGCUUUUAAACUGGCUCUUGUCUCUUGGGGCU